AUGCACAAAAUUCGGGUCCUCUCCGCUGUGGCCAUGCCGCAGCUGCACAGCCGGGCUGCUCACCACCCUGCUGGGAACUCAGCUGGAUGUACACAACUUAUCAGACUUCCCCAGAAAGAAAGGCGCUUGGCCAGGGUCUCCAGCCAGUGUCCGUCUCUGGUUUCCAGUGUUGCUGCUCUGCACGUCCCCGUGCCGUUCUCCAGAGGCGGUGACUGUGGUGCCUUCUGCAUUCCCCUGUACGUGCCCUAUGUGCUGACGGGGAGAUGGAUCUUCGGGAGAAGCCUCUGCAAACUCUGGCUGGUAGUUGAUUACCUGCUCUGCACCUCUUCGGUCUUCAACAUCGUCCUGAUUAGCUAUGACAGAUUCCUCUCGGUGACAAGAGCGGUCGCCUACAGAGCCCAGCAAGGCAACACCAAGCAAGCGGUGCUGAAGAUGGUGAUGGUGUUUUUUUUUCCCGCCCCUGCCAUUAUCAGCUGGGAGUAUAUAUCAGGCCAGAGUAUCAUACCCACCGGGGAGUGCUACGCUGAAUUUUUCUACAACUGGUAUUUUCUCAUGACAGCCUCUACGCUGGAGUUUUUCACCCCUUUCAUCAGUGUAAUGUUUUUCAACCUGAGCAUUUACCUGAACAUACAGAAGCGUACCAAAAUACGCCUGGAUGUUUUCCACGAAGUGCACAACCAGUCCUUGACUGAAGAGAUGGAAAUGAGCCCAGAAGCAAAGCUUUCUUUGAAAUGCUGUAAGUGGGAGCAGAAGGAGCCAGCUGAAACCCUCGACCUCUCUAACAGCAAAGCUCAAGCAGCAGCCUCCGCUGCCAGCCUGGAGAAGCGGAUGAAGAUAGUGUCCCAGAGCGUGACUCAACGCUUCAGGCUCUCUAGAGACAAGAAAGUGGCCAAAUCGCUGGCAAUCAUCGUGGGCAUUUUUGGGAUUUGCUGGGCACCGUACACUCUGCUGAUGAUCAUCCGCGCUGGCUGCCACGGCCACUGCAUCUCUGACUACUGGUACGAGACUUCCUUUUGGCUCCUGUGGAUCAACUCGGCCAUCAACCCUGUCCUCUACCCUCUCUGCCACUACAGCUUCAGAAGAGCUUUCAUUAAACUCCUCUGCCCCAAGAAGCUGAAGAUUCAACCUCGCGAUCCCCUUCAGAACUGCUGGAAGUGA